GUAAUAUUUUGAGAGCCACUGGCUAAAGUUUAUUAGCAUAUUUAAACCGCUUGGGAAUUCCUGACUUGCGUCCAGCUGUUCGACAAUGAAUAUUUACCGGCUAUUAUGGCGUAACGAUAAAGUACAUAUAUUUUUGAUAACAGUUCAAGGAGAAACAAUUCGAAAAUAAUAAUAUUUUAUAAAGAUGAGCAGAACUAGUGAUGUUGCACGGAGAAUAAUAAGUUUACGGCUUCCUGGGGAACACCGUUUUUUCUCCACUGUAAACAAAGAACCAUCCCGUAGACGAGUUGUGAUAACAGGCACUGGUGCUGUUAGCCCUUUAGCGAAUAAUGUGCCGGAAGCUUGGUUACGUCUCUUAGCUGGAGAAUCUGCUAUCUCGAAGCUCAGUGAUCAGUUUAAAGGUUUACCAUGUCAGGUGGCGGCGCAAGUGCUGCGAGAUCAGUUGCCAACUGAAAAGUAUUUCAGUAAAAGCGAUUUAAAAAUAAUGAGCACAGCAACACAAUUCGCAAUAAUUGCUUCUGAAGAGGCGCUGUAUAGUGCUAAACUACAACCUAAGGAAUUAACAGCGGAACAACGUGAACGCUUUGGUGUAUGCGUUGGCAUGGGUAUGUUUGAUCUGACCGAAGUGUAUGGUGCUUGGCAACAACUGCAACGUGGUUAUAAUCGUGUGAGUCCAUUUUUUGUACCUCGCCUUCUACCCAAUAUGGCUUGUGGUCAUAUAAGUAUGCGAUAUGGUUUGCAUGGUCCAAAUCACUCGGUAUCCACAGCUUGCGCUACAGGCGCACAUGCAAUUGGUGAUGCAUUACGAUUCAUACGUAACGGAGAUGCCGAUAUAAUAUUGGCAGGUAGCGGUGAAUCCUGCAUCGAUCCACUUGCUAUAGCUGGAUUUUGUCGUUUACGUGCACUUAGUACGACACACAAUGAUACGCCUACGACAUCAUCUCGUCCAUUUGAUAAAAAGCGUGAUGGUUUUGUGAUGGGUGAAGGUGCAGCUAUACUCGUACUCGAAGAAUUGGAACACGCACGAAAGCGCGGUGCACCAAUAUUAGCUGAACUGUUGGGUUACGGUUUGUCCGGUGAUGCUCACCAUAUUACAUCGCCAAGUGAAGAUGGUACCGGUGCUACUUUAGCCAUGCAACGUGCUAUAACGGAUGCAAAAAUUCUGCCCACUGAUAUAACCUAUGUAAAUGCACAUGCCACAUCCACCCCAACAGGUGAUCGCAUAGAAGCGCACGCUAUAGAAAGAGUUUUCGGUGAACAUGCAGCACAAGUGCGUGUGUCAUCAACAAAGGGUGCUCAUGGACAUUUGCUUGGUGCAUCAGGAAAUCUAGAGACUGUCUUUGUUGUGCAGGCAUGUGCGGAAAACAAACUUCCGCCUUCUAUUAACAUCGAGCACUUGGAUGAAGACAUCAAAGUGCCUAUAGUGCAAAAUAAAUCAGAGCAAUGGUGUAAUAACACUGAGGUGCAGCGCAUUGCAUUAAAGAAUUCCUUUGGUUUCGGCGGCACAAAUGCGUCACUUUGCAUUGGCGAAUAUCGUGAAUAAAUAGUAUGCAUUUUGUAAUAUAUUUUUCCUUCCUUUUUUAACAACAUCUAUUUCUAUAUGCAAUACUCGUAGGCAUAAAUUGUUCAAAACUAAUAACGUAAGAAUUAAUUGUUUUAAAUUGUAUGAAUCAAGUUAAUAAAGCUACAAUAUUUUUUAGGAAAACUUUCACUUCUUACAAUUUAUUUGGAAAACUUCAGUAAAAAUAUGUACAUGUAUGUUUGUAUGCGGCGAAGUAAAUUAAUUAAAGUUGUGUCUAUAUUUUAUAUAUAUGAUUUAUUUGACGUCCUUUUGC